UUGAACUAUAAUGUACUAAAGAGAAUAUUUUGCAGACAUUCGAAAAAUGCAACGCCUUGUGGAGGAAGUGCAAAUGGCCGAAGUCGUCGGAAAUUAUUGUGGAAUGCUUGGGAUCGACAUUGCUUGUGCCCGUUGUAACUCGGUGGAAUUCACUGUUCGACGCAGUAACGAAGUUACUUUGGGCCAAGGACAAGUUGAAUUCUUUGUGCGAAAGACUCAGCUUGUCACAAUUUUCUCCGAGCGAUUUGCACUAUCUGGAGAUGUACCAGUUGUUGAUGGGGCCUAUUGCUCGUGCCUUGGACUACCUUCAAGGAGAAAAUAACGUGAAUUACGGCUGCUUAAUUCCGACUCUGAUGACCCUCAGCAAUAGAUUAAAUAAGCUGCAAAACAAGCCAGAAAUGCAGCAAGUUUCCUCUGUGGUUGCUAAGUUGAAGCAGCGUUUGAGAGAUCGGUUUGACGCAUUUUUUACUUUAAAACCGGGGGCCAAUAUAGCACUAACGGCAACUGUACUGACUCCAGAUAUUAAAAUGAGCUGGAUCAAGGUGUUGCAAAGGAUAAAACCGGAGGUGACAGCAGCGGACAUAAGUACCUUGGUUUUAAACACAAUUUGCGAUUUCUAUGCAAAAGAUAAUCGUGCUUUCAAUGCACAAAUAUUGAAAAGUAGUGAAUUAUUUGCAAAUAAUAGACAUUUUAAUUUUGACCUCAACGACACAGAUAACGAAGAAGGAACAAAUGCUACUCCUGAGCCAAGUGCUAGUGAUCGUCGGGCUUUUUUGACCCAUCACUUUUUCUGUUACUUAAAUGACAAUUCAAGAACAGACGACACUUGGGUAAAACAUUGCAGUCUAAAAGAAGCUUUUGUUGCCUUUAAUACUCCCCUGACAUCCUCAGCACCAGUAGAGAGGCUAUUUUCCUUUGCGGGGAUAGUGAACAGUCCAAGGCGCCAGUCAAUGUCGGAAUUAUCAUUUGAGUAAUUGGUGUUAUUGAAAGCAAAUUCUAAAUGGAGUUAAUGCAUAUUUUUCUUGUUAUUUUGUUAUAAAUGAAUUUUGUUAUUUUUUUGGUGUUACAUUUAGUUAUUAUGUCUUGAUUCAAGACUCUUGAAUAUCUUUAUUUGUUGUACAAAAUUGAAUAAAAAAAUUUAUUAAAAAUUAAAAAAAGUAAAAA